AUGUUUUGGCCAAUAAAAAAUAAAUUGUUGAAUAUUUUCAUAGCACGAAGACUAAAACGAAUUCCAUCGAAAUUAUUUAACUUCUCAAAUAGUUUCUUAUCAACAAAUCGAUUUGAUAACAACAAAUCUUACUCUACAGAACAGCAGAUUCAACUAUCACCACCGCCAUUACCCGGUAAUCCACCUCCUCAACUACUGAAUCAACAGUUUAACUUUCGAAAGGACGAUAUUCUUGGCGUAGUAAUACAACGUCAGUGGAGAACAACGAAGAAUUCAUCUUCUAUUGAUAGUGAUAAUAAAAGCAAAAAUAUCAUGUCGGCAAAAGUAGAAACAACAGUACGACAAUGGUCGACACCAGUUGAAAAGGUCGUCGAAGGUCAACCACCAAGACCUGUGAGUCAUCAAUAUGGAUUAGUUUUCCUUUUGUGA